CGGCUGUAACGGCGGGUGCCGGAAAGCGAGUCGCGGGCGGCGCGACAGGCGGGAAGGUCCCCUCCCCGGGUGGCUGACCGGCCGGCCCCGAGCGAAGAUGGCGGCGGGGGAGGUGAAGUCGGUGCUCUUCGUGUGCCUGGGAAACAUUUGUCGCUCUCCAAUAGCUGAAGCAGUUUUUAGAAAACUUGUAACGGAUGAAAAAGUUGAAAAUAAGUGGAGGAUAGACAGUGCAGCGACAUCUGCUUAUGAAAUAGGAAGCCCUCCUGACUAUCGAGGACAGACUUGCAUGAAGAAGCAUGGCAUUACCAUGAAUCAUAUUGCCAGGCAGGUUACUAAAGAUGAUUUCCAGACCUUUGAUUAUAUACUGUGUAUGGAUGAGAGCAAUCUAAGAGAUCUGAAAAGGAAAAGCAACCAAGUUAAAGACUGCAAGGCCAAAAUUGAACUACUUGGAACUUAUGAUCCACAGAAACAACUUAUCAUUGAAGAUCCAUACUAUGGGAAUGAAAAGGACUUUGAAACUGUUUACGAGCAGUGUGUUAGAUGCUGUAAAGCAUUUUUGGAGAAGUCUCAUUAAUGCUUCAUGAUUUUAUUUCUAAAAGAAAAUAAUUAGCUUCUGAAAUAUGUUUUACUUGAUAUAUUUGAAGUGUAAAAUUAUGCCUCAGUAUGUUCAAAACGUGUUCAAUUUAAUUUUAUAUUUUUGCUUUUCUGUCAUCUAAUUAAAAAAUAUAGAAAAGUUUUAAUUGGAUUAGAUGAUCAACCAUUUUGUCACACGUCAAUGUAAUAAUAAAGUAUAUGAUUCAGAAUAAAUAUAUCUGUAAACUCUGGCAGUGCUUUCUCACAAGCACUGCAAGAGUAACGUCUUGCUUCUUUAUGUGCUGUACUAACUAAACUGAGCUCUUCUCUUUGUGCCCUUAGUGAGCUAACUUAGGGCAACUUGCAGUGGGAGUCUGCAAGAUAAUAGUUCAUGUAUGGUAACUUGGGCAUGUCAUCCUAGCAUCACUAGACAGCCUUUGCACUGACGCUGCUUUAUACUGAGCUUGCUAGCUGGAAAGAACUGCCUGCCCCCAGACAGACAUUGCUCUUAGCGCUAUUGCAAAGCUUAAGCAAGCAAAACCUCUGUGUGUGUCGCCAAGAUCCUAUGAAAAUGGGGUUUUAUAUCAGUUUAAAUGCUCAGUUAUUCAAAGAAAAAAUUAUUUUUGUUCUAGUAGAUUUUUAUACUAAUUAAGAUUAAUUCAGUUUGAAAUUAGUGAUUGAUGUUCUAGGACUAGCCAUAGAAGGCUAGUCUUCCUUUGCUCGUGUGGUCAAUUCCUAGCACACUGAUACAAGUACACGUAACAUAGCGUUUACUUUGAGGACAAGACAGGUCAGCUUAAAAGCCUAGAUGCGAGAUGUACGUUUUGUAUCUCGUAGUGCAUGGAUUUGAGUAUUUUACUACUAUCAUCAAUGUGAAAUUUGUCAUAAUCCCAGUUCCUAUGUGGGUGGCAGACAAUAUUUUCAGAUCUGCUUAGAAGGGAUAGCCUGUCAAAAGUGUUCUCUGAGAGUGUAGUUCAAUGUGAAGGUGGGCCAUCUGUAGUAGAAUGCCAAGUUAAAGGAAGGCCAGUAAGUAGAAAGUUCUGCUCUGGGAUAAAAUUGAAUGCUUUGUAAAAAUGCAUGUCCGUUUGAACGUCACCUUUCAUUUCUGCCUUAGAAGCGUAAAUGUACCGAGAUCGGUAAUGCAACGAUACCAUGAUAAUUAUCCUAUUUUGAAUAAUACCAACAUUGGUAUGAACUAGCAUUACCACAUUUUCUGUAAAACUGGAUCUGUAAAACUUCAUUUAUUUAGCCUUGGUUUUGCCUCUGCCUUCCAAACUAGUAGAGCAGCCUCUGUAUUUAUCAUUCACUCCCUUCUGGGAGAGGGACUCAUUUCGAUAGAGGAGCCUGUUAUUCCUGGGGAAUGUGAUCACUAAAGGAAAUACAAAAUACGUACUUCUCCCUUACUAAAUAAAGCCAUAUUCUAGGAUGGGA